GGCGUUCCCUUCAGCCUCUCUCUCUCUCUAAUCAGCAGCUUCACAGAAACAAUGAAAUCUUUGAGCUGGGAAGAGUCUUGACUUCGGUGAGGCUCCUGCAAUUUUUCAAGGCACCUCUAGUGCUUACACACCAGCAUUCAGGUCUGUGUGUGUGAGAGAAAGAGACACACACAGGCACAGAGAGAGCUGACGGGGUAUAACACAGUAGCAAUUAACAGUUGAAUGCAUUACUGCCAGACGAGAGGUCUUUUGGGGCGAGAUCAUCGGAAAAGCAGCGAUGGUGGGCAGUCUGAACCUGCAGGAGGUAACGGGUCCUCUAGUGGAGCCCAAGCGGCUGGGCGAGCGGGUCCUGGAUAGUCCCGACUCUGGGCUUCCCCCCAGCCCCAGCCCCACGCCCAGCGUUUGGUUGCCGUCCCCGGGAGGUGCAGAGAACCGGCUGGUCGAGCAGGAGGACGCCGGCUUCCCACAGAGAAGGGGACAGUCGCUACAAACGGACACUCCAGUUACUUCCUCUUUCCUAAUCACAGGGUUUGGGCCAAGGCUGCAUCCACUGUCAUUUGGAGAAGGUGUUGAAGUGGACCCUUUGCCACCAAAGGCGAUUAGGUACACCUCCUCUGUGAAGUAUGAUUCAGACCGACACUAUGUCAAUAAUAUACUCCUGCAGCACACACUGGGUGUUGACUCCUGCAGCCAGACAGUCAUCUGCGUUCCCAAUUGCACAUGGCGGAACUACAAGACGGAGCUGAGAUUUGAGCCGCGACACAAACCGUGGAGGUUCCGCAGCACUAUCAUUGUGUACCCAAAGUAUGCAAAGACAGUCUAUACUACCACCGUGGAUUACAACUGCAGAAAAGCAGCACGGAAAUUCUUGUCUAGUGUGGAACUUGAAGCUACAGAUUACAAUGGCAGUGAAACGGUGUUCCAGGAUAGCCAGUGACUUAACUACAGCCUGCUUUUUUCUUUUGAAAGAGGAUUUAAAAAAAAAAUCCAAUCUUUAGACGGUUUGAGAGCUUCUUAACCAUGGUGGCCUCUGAAUCUGUUCAAUACUGCAUUUCUUUUGCUCCUUGCAACAUAGUCUACAUUGUGUUUCUUUUUUAAUCGCACAAUAAAGUUUAGGAAUUUCCUCUU